AAAACUAUUCUAAUUAUUGCCUGCCUUACGUUUGAGGAAGAGAAAGCCAACAAGAAAUCGUGCUCUGGGGCGUAAUUACAGCCAGUCUGUUCUGAGAAGAGCAUGGCUGCCGAAGAGGCCCCGACCCCUGCUCCGACUAUACAGAAGCAGGGGUCUGUGGACACGUACAAGUGGUCCAACAAAAGGGAAGACUAUGAGCUGCUUGAUGUCAUAGGGAGUGGCGCUACGUCUGUUGUGCAGGCAGCUAACUGUCUCACCAAUAACACGAAGGUGGCCAUCAAGAGGAUAGAGCUCGAGCAGUGCGGGGCCACCAUUGAGGAACUUCAGCGAGAAAUCGGACUAAUGAGCAACUGCAGCCAUCCGAAUGUUGUCAGUUACUACACCUCGUUUGUCGUCAAAGACGAACUGUGGCUGGUGAUGAAGAUGAUGUCAGGAGGUCACUUCUAAUUUUAGCAACACUAAACUUAGCAGCACUGUUACCAUAUUUGUCGCAGGGUCACUGCUGGACAUUAUCAAACACAUCGUUGCCGAGGGCGACUCCAAGGGCGGAGUCCUGGAGGAGGUCACCAUAGCAACAGUCUUGAAGGGGGUACUCCAGGGUUUGGAGUAUUUCCAUGCCAACGGUCUCAUUCACAGGUUUAUUUUUACUAUUCCCUCUUUGUAGAUACUUGUGUAGGAGUUUCUUGUUUUUGCAGAGAUGUGAAAGCCGGUAAUAUCUUGAUAGGUGAAGAUGGGUCUGUACAAGUAGCAGGUAUCAACUACAUUUUUCUCUCUCUCUGUCGUCUGUUUUCUUUCUCUUCCUUCUUCAUUCUCUCUUUCUCUUUACUUUUCUUUACUCCUCUCUCUCUCUCUCACUCUCUCAUCCAGACUUUGGUGUAAGUAACUGGCUCUACGACUCACAGCUCAGACUAGGAGGGAAGGCCGCCUCUCGUAAGAGUCCCCGCAGGACGUUUGUCGGAACCCCUUGUUGGAUGGCCCCAGAGGUCAUGGACCAGGUGAACUGUUUAUAGAACGUACUAAUUCAGAACUAGGGUCUAGGAGUGUGAUGACGGAUGGCUACUACUCUUUACUCUACUGUAUGAGUAUAUACUGUCCUGAUCCGUCAUGCAGUCUGUGGGCUACAACGAAAAGGCCGACAUUUGGAGUUUUGGAAUCACUGCCCUGGAGCUGGCCACUGGCACCGCUCCCUACGCAAAAUUCCCCCCCAUGAAGGUGCUGAUGCUGACACUGGAGAACCCUCCACCCACUCUGGAGACCUGCGGAGAUCUGAACAGAGACGAAUACAAGAAACACUACUCAAAGAGCUUCCAGAAAAUGGUCGAGAAAUGCCUCCAAAGAGAUCCAGCUAAGAGACCAACCGCUUCGGAGUUGCAGAAACACCAGUUCUUCAAGAAAGCCAGAGAGAGUGACUAUCUCGUCCAGACCAUCAUCAAACAGGGGCCGAGCUUUGCCUCCAGAGCUAAGAGGGUUAAGCGGGUUCCGGGAUCCAGUGGAAGACUCCACAAGACGGAGGACGGUGGGUGGGCGUGGUCUGACGAUGAGUUGUCGGAGAGAGCCGAUGAGGAAGACAGAGAAAAUAAACCGUCUGCUGAUGAGGACGCCGUGGUGACCUCUACCACCAUUCCUACUGUUCAGGUAUCUGCUCCAGGGACAUCCUCAUCAUCAACUGCUGAUCCCUCUGCACAAUCUCAACUGGAUAAAAAAAUUGCCCAGAUUGAGGAGAAGAUGAAAAGGUUAAAGAUGGAUAGAGAGCAGUUGACAACUCAGCAACAGCAGAAUCCUGCUGAGUUUACGGAAGAGCAGUACAAGUCCUCAGUGGCACUCCUGGAGAAUAUCCAGCGUCUCGAAAGAGAAAAACACGAGCUCGAGUUCCAGGCUUCACGGCUCCGAGGCUCCGUCCCCAGGUUUCCGGUGGCAACAGCUCCACCUCAGACUGCAGCUCUGUUAAAAUUCUGCCUUAGAAUACGAACGGAGCAAAAUCAGUUGAAGGACAUAAAGUUUGACUUCAUUCCGGGAAAAGAUAGUGCUGAUGCCCUUUCCAACGACCUAAUAGCUGCCGGACUUCUCGAAAUGAAGAACAUUGUUGUCGUUGCAGCCAAUAUCACGAAGUUGGUUGAGAAUCCAUCACAGAAGAAGCUCAUUUUUCCACUGGGAAAUAUGCCUCCUUCACAACUGGAGGAGAAAAAGCUCAUUGGCUAUGCCCAACUGAAUCUCAUAGAGUAAAUUAGUGUGUGUUUGUCAAUUUUUGUGUUUUCUUGUUUUCUUAUACGAACUUAUUUCAUUGUACAACUAGUAUUUUAGUGGUGAUGACAAUUUUAGUAUCUGUAGUAAAGAAGAAGUCAAGUUGUACUAUUCAAAUUAAUGUUUGCAGAAAG